AUGAAACCCCGCCAACAAUUAACCGAUGCAAUCAAUCAAUUGAUGAUUCAGCAGGGUGCAGAAUGCAAAUAUUAUGUACGUCAACAUCGCUAUGUACCCACCCCCAUUGCCGCAGGUGUUAAUAAAAUUAUUUUGAAUGAUAUUUUCAGCGGUGCACGACCUACGUGUCUGAUUGUUUAUGUGCGCAGGCAGACGCGUUACAAUGGGGCGUAUACGGCAAAUCCAAACCGUAUGAUUCUCCCCAACUUUGAUCAUUUUGGUGUAAAAAUCAACGAUGCGUGGUUAUCGCCAGAACUAAAAGGUUCACGUGAAGCAUACAUCCAAUUGCGACGUAUUUUAAAUCGUCGUAAUGAUGAAAUGCCUUUUUCGUAUGAAAAUUAUCUAACCGACUACGGAAUGAUUGUGACAGAUCUUACAGAAAACAAAGAUAGCUAUAACUGCGUUUUACCCAACACAACCAGCGGUAAUGUUGGGUUAGAAAUGCGGUUAACUGCAGAUACGGUACACCCCAUGCAAUUGAUAUGCAUCGGUGAAUUUCGUAACCAAUUGGCGGCGGGUUAUCAAAGUAGCGCACGUUUUAAAUACACUCAUUAA